UCGUCUCGUUUCGGGCUCGUCUUCCUCUCCCUCGGAAAAGAGUCCCCUUCCCGUGAGGCUUUAUCAAAUAUUUGUAUAAAUUAUAAUUACGACGUGCCUACAUAUAUCGCCUCGUCGCCUCGAACGAUGACGAAUUUGGCGCGGCCCUCGUCGUUAGUCCCGUCAUACACUUUGCGCCGCGAUCGUCCGGGUUCCUGCGCCCGAUACUAUGGUGAAAUGGCAUAGCCGCGCUGACGUGCGGCUGGUGAACGCGGUGCUUGGCGAUCGCGCACUCGUCGGAAGACGGAUCUCCUGUCGUCUCGUUUUGGCUAUGUCGUAUUUGAUAAACGAAGGAUGGGUUGCGUCAGUAGUAGGGCGAACGUUUUUCAAGUGAUGAACGUGAAUGACCAAGGUAAACCCAUUGCUCGAGGACGUUUGGAAAUCACCGAGAUCAACAUUAUAUUCCAUCAGAAUGGCAAGCAGCAGACUAUGUGGCCACUGCGUUGUUUACGGCGAUACGGAUACGAUUCGGAGCUAUUCAGUUUUGAAUCCGGCAGACGUUGUCCUACAGGCGAAGGCAUAUACGCCUUCAAGUGUAAGAAGGCGAGAGAUUUGUUUAAUCUUGUACAAACGAAAAUUCAGGUGUACACCAAUAGUGGAGAUGAUGCGCAGUCAAGAGACUCAAUUACGUCGCAUCCUACCCCAGCAGUGCCAAGACUGGCAGUAGAGCCUACUUACUUAGAUCCAAUAACAUCUAAUAGAAGUAACAGUUGUGUGGAGUCUAGAAUUAAUCAUAGUCAGCAAAACGGAAGAUUGAGCAGUGUUGGAAGCAGCAGUGGUCCUAUAUCACCCCAGGGUACCGUGGGAUCACCCUCGCCACCUCCUAUGAUGCCGCCUCCGCCACCGACAUCUCAGCCCCAUCCGUCCUCUUUAUACGUCAAUGAAGAAGUCUUGUCAUCUGGCCUCACAGAGCACAAUAAUAUCAAGAAUCUUGGAAGAACAGUACAAAGAUCACCACAGCCCGUUGUGGUCGAGAAUGCGGUAUUUAACAAUAAUGCAGUCGCAGAAAUAGAAUUAAUACCCGUUCAGCCUAAUGCAGAAGCUACGAAUUGUGACCCAGCGUCGCCGUUACUGACUAAGACCCCUUACAUGAACAUAGACAUCUGCAGUGAAACCGUCUGCAGUCGUAUCUCGCCAACACACAGUACUUUGGAAACGAAUCAGCUGAAGGAGGAGAGUAAUCCAGGCGGAUCUCAACACGCUUACAUAAACUUAAGUCCCGGACAGGAUCACAUAGAGAAGAUCGCUGUCAGGGCACGUCCAUGUCCGCCUCCAUUGCCCGUCUUGCCAUCGGACGUCGAGGAAGUCUCGAGGCAUUGUUACUACAAUUUGGAGGCGAGCGAGAUCCAGUAUCUGAAGAAACGAUACUCCGGUACCUCGAUAACCGAAAAGUCGCCGUUGGCUCCUUCUACGCCGACGGAAUGUCCGACGAGGGAGAUGAAUUACGCGAUCCUGGAUCUGGAUAAAAGAGAUUCGCCCCCUGGCACGUCCGAUACCAACAUGAAUUCGCCGCCAUCUCCGCCGGAAUCUCCAAACAAGCCGCAAGUAGGCUACGUCACGAUAGACUUCAAGAAAACGGUCGCGCUCUCGCACUCCGUCAAUUCCAAUCACGAUAACGAAGGCUCGAGGAAGACUCGUCACAAUUCGACGAUGGACGAUCUGCUGACGACUGCGUGCAAGCACAAUUCCUCGGUGAGUGAGUAACACAUUUUAUACUUCCUACAAUGAGAUCGUGUUCCUCGCUAUUUUGAAUAAAAGAAGAGAGAAAUUGGAAAAGAUCGAUUUAGUUUCGCUAUAAGCUUCUGGAAGUCAUUAAACUCAUUUUUUAAUUACUCGUUUAAUGAACUCAUUAGGCUUUAAACUUUCGACAUUUCUUAGCAAAUUGGAGGCUAUCGUAGUAUAGUUGAUAUACCGCGAGAUAUAUUUCUAGCGUAUAGAUUUGUACACCAAUUUUCAGUGCAUUUUAUCAGAGCAACAGUAUUCAUAAAUGAUAAGUCUUUUUUCCAAGUCGGAAUAAGGCAGCAUAAAAAAAAUUUUUUAUACAUAUGACACAUAUAGAUAAGUUUUUUAGUACUUCUCACACAGAUUUUUUACAUUUAGCGUUUUACAAACUAAUGUUGGAGGAAUUGGAAGCUAAAGUGCCCUAAUCUUUUUCUGUAAAUAUCAUAGAGAUUAAUAUGGCUCAAAUGAUCAUAUAACGGAGAUACAAAGUAUGUGGUAUAAAAAUAUACGUAAAGAAAAUAUAUACAUGAGUUUCACUGAGAAUCAUAAUAUAGUGAUUAAUUUUAAGUGAUUGCUGUCAUUAAUUAUUGGAUCUAUCGCGAAGAUAAUUGAUAAACAAAGUGUAAAUUUAUAACGAAUAUUUCUAUGAUUAAGUAAUCACUUGAAAUAAGAUUGCGAGUGUCAUAUUCAUUUAAGUUUGAUACUUGUGAUGCGAACGACUAACGAUAUUAAAAACAAUACGUAGUUGAUGCAAGCAUUUAUUACGUUCCAAAGAUUAUAUAUAUUUUCGUUUCUAGUAAAAAAUUUAUAUACGGAUGUAUUUAGCAUUUAUUAGCAUUAGUUGAUUUGAGUUUUUAAUUUUUCUUCUGUUAGAGCUCUUAAGCUGUGUAAUAAAAUGCUGCAAUACACAUCCAAGAUGUAAAUAAGCAUCACUUAUGAAUAUAAUAAUCAUUAAUUUUUUUAUAGAUAUGUAUAUUGUUAUCUAUUACAUUUACAUUUUAUUAUUAAAAAAGUGAAAUUUAAACCAAAUACAUCACAUAUAUUUUACACAUUUUUACGUUAAACCAAAAAUAUAUCUAUAAAAAAUAGAUAUAAUCAAGUAAGAGUCUAUUUGUCAGUCAAUAAAAUAUUUUUGACACACUCACACGCACACAUAGAAAUACACUUACAUUCGCGUGUGUUGAAAGAUACGUAGAAAAUAUUGCAAAAAACAUUAGAUCUUUAUUUUUUAUGUAAAUUGCAUUCCAGUUCUUUCUCUCUCUUCCUCCUCCCCCUUCUCUCGCUAAAAAGAAUUAGUUUAUGAGCCACUAUUCUUAAUAAUUCAGUCGACACGAUUGAAUUAAAUAGGAAUAACAAGUCUUAUUAAAAAAAAAAAAAAAAAAACGCUUUCUUAUAAAAUGCAC